AUGGCCUUCGAUGCCAAGAAGCUCUAUGUCGGCAACCUCCCGUAUGACUGCACGUUCAAGGAGCUGAAGGCGCCGUUUGCACGGAUAGUUCCUGUCAGCAAUGCGGAGGUUGUCCAGGGACGAGAUGGAAAGUCGAAGGGGUUCGGCGUGUUGCAGUUCGCUACUGUGGACGACCUGCAGGAUGUGCUUGCCCAUCAUGAGCACAGCCCGAUAGAGAUUGGUGGCAGAGUCCUCAUUAUAAGGCCGUAUUCCGAUAGGCCGCCGGAAAGAGACAAUGCACAGAAGCUUCGCGAGGCCUUGAACACACAUCCAGUUGAUUAUAAAUCCAUUCCAAACUCUUUUCUAAUCUACAAUAUUCCACCCGAGAAACGAGAUCCCAAAGAGCUGUUUCAAAUUGUCCACAGUGCGUAUCGCCACGUUGUCAACCUUACAAUGCACACUACCUCAGUCAAGGAUUGGCGCAACGAGGGUGUGAAGGAUCCAAUCACAUAUGCUGUUGUGUACAUGAGUAGAGAGGCGGAGCAGGAGGCUGAAAAGCAAUUCUCACAAGAGACCAAGACGGAGUCGAAGCCUCAAAAGGGCAAGACAAUUCUUUCUCCAGAGCAAGCGGCAGCGAACAUCUUCAAAAAGCUCAAAGACAAAUGGAAGAUAACUGCCGCUAGCAACGUGAUAGUUCGCCCUCACGACACCGGAGCAUAUCCGCGUAUGACCACGGUUAUCCUCAGAAACCUGCCGUUUACAGUUUACGCUAAUACUAUCUUUGAAGCGGUCAGAGAUAAAUAUCCUGUGAUAGAGCUCCGCCUUCCAAGCCGAACCAUUAGCGGAAGGACACAAGGGUCGGGAUUUGCAUUUCUUGUUCUGGCUACCCACUCUGAUGCUGUCGCCCUUGUAUCCAGUGUUAAGCUGCGGAUUCUACAUCAUACAAGUAUCUUAGAUUGGGGGCUAGAUAAAAACACGUUUGAAAGGCAGCAGCAAGUCAUUGCACGCGCAGCAGGAGACACUAUCGAUGACACAGAAAACCGGAGCCGAAGCGUUUCAGAGUCAGGAUCAGAAUCAGAUGGUAUGGAUUAUAGCUACAGCAGAGCCAGUUCUAGCGACUCUAACACGGAAGGCAGCUCUUUUAGUUCUGCAGGCGCAUCCGACAAUGAGCCUAGCUUUGAGCUCUAUGAAGAUGGUAAGACAAUUAUCAAGCCGUUUGUUCGUGAGGUGCCUGCAAAGGAUCAAGAUGAGCCUUCUUAUGACCCUAACAAGGAGCAAGCAUAUGACGAGGACCCUAACGUAAGCAGCAAUACGGACAACUUAAGCGAACUGUUGGGCGAUGAGACGAAACAACAAGAUGCUCAGACUGAAGUCCCAGGAACCAAAUCUGACGGGACUAAAGACAAGCAGGAGGAGAUCGAGAGGACGAUCUUCGUUACUAAUCUGCCUUCUCGCGUUACUGCUGCCCGUAUGGCAGAGGCAGAAAAGGUCCUGAUGGCGAAGAAUGCUAAAUGCCGUCCUCAAGACAUACUUGUCUCUGGUCUUCGGUAUGAAUUGCGGCGCCUCUUCUCAGCAUUCGGAAUGGUGCGUGAUGUAUCCAUAGUUGUUAAUAAGAUGCUGGACAGACACACGGGCUCUGCCUUCAUAAUCUUCAAAAAGCGGGGGGCAGCUCUCUGUGCCAUGGAAUACUACAACAGUCUCAAAAAUCAGGCUUUUUUCAGUCAGAACGGUAAGGCGGGUCACAGCACUUCACACACCCUUGCUGUUGGAGACGGCCUUGAUGACCCUUACAUGAAAGAUCUUGCCCGCUUGGCUGCCGAAGAGCGUGAAAAAGACACGCCUAAUGACCAAGCUACUGUGUCAGAGCAGCCUUUCACAGAUGUUCCAGGCAAGGACGAUAAUCAGAGAAAGAGGAAAACCAAGAAGAAAAACGAAGAGAGCACUGAUGGGGAGGAGGACUUCUUUUCACUAGAGAAGAAUGCAUCAACCGGACUGCUAGCCGACGAUGAUAAGCAGAAGCUUCUAGAAAUCCGAGAAGCAGCCAAGACGGGAAAUCAGGAUGCAUACACCAGUCUCUCCCGGGAGGAGAUUCACAGGUUAAUCCUCUCACGCUUUAAGGUUCCGGAAGAAUAUAUUGACUACACCAAUGGCUUGCUGGUUAUCAAUGGCUCUCCUUUAACCCUUAAGCCCGCCAUUGAGAGACAGCAGCUCAAGACAAUUGAAAAGCACAGGAGCGAAAAGACAGACACAGAAGAUCCGCGCAAUCUUAGCCUUGCAAGAAUUGGGCUGCUGAUCCCAGGGAUUGAUGGAUUUUCAAAGGCAGACGUCCCCCCUGAAGAUGUCAGGAAGCGGAUCAAGUACUGGAAGACACUGAAGGGUCUUAUGACCAAUCAAUCUAUUCAUAUCAGUAGGACGCGGAUAGUCAUCCGUAAUAUUCCUAAGGAGUUUGACGAAAGGAAGAUUUCGUGGAUUGUCAUUCGAUCAUUUGGGCGGAUCAACGAAUCUGAGGCCAGGGCGAUGUUCGACCCGAGUGACAAGAACUACGAGUACAAGGUCCUCAUGCGGCUGCUCAAAUCGGUCGGGUGUACAGAAAUGCGUUUCCGGAGGGGGCCAAAGGCAUAUAAUCUUGUUAAGUCUAUGGAUGACGCUUACAACGAAGAGGGAUACAUGGACGGCCAGCACAGUGGGUUCUGCUUUGUUGAGUUUACAAGCCACGAGAGUGCACUCCGGUGUCUUCUGGCCCUCAACAACAAUCCACGAAGCUUCUACAGAGACCGCCGUCCAAUCUGCGAAUUUGCAGCGGAGAAUGUACGCACGCUUUACCAUCGGUCUCAGCGCGACCAGGCACGGAGCAGCCACCAAGAUCACCGUACUGAGAACAGAGAUCAUAGAGGGUCUCCGCAACGACGAGAUAGGCACGAGUAUUCAAAUGACUGGAUUAGUGGGAAGCUUCAAAAGGGUCACAAGAAGCAAGGUGCUCAUACUAAGAAAUCGUCGCAGGAGCUAACACGGUUCGAUGGUAAGGGCGGCCCUGUGCGAGAACGAGGAUAUGACAGGAUCCGCCCGAAGUCUAAGGCGGCCAAGAAGCUUAAGAAGUAG